UUGCGAUUUCAACGGAUGUCCCGUGUUCCAACGCAAACCUGGCGUUAGUUAAGGGGACAAUGGACGAACGGCUCCAGUCCGCACAAUGUGUGAUAAACGGUAGCUGUACACAGAAAAUACAGGCCACCUGCGAGCAGUCGUCAAGGAAGCGAAGAGCCACACAGACGAUUGGCAUAACGAUAGUACUGCAGGCCAACCUGCUAUUUGAUGGAUCGGGUCUCAAUUUGGAUGAAAUGAUCAAUGGGAAGGAGCCAUCUUCAGAUUGUAUAGGUCUGUUCUUUGUCGUUGCCUACUUAGAAAACACCACACAAACCGUGUUCAACGAGUCAGAAUCGAUGUUCACGUUUACAAUUGGCGGCAUCACCUACGUUACUAACAGCACAAGCGUCGCUGUAACUCCAUCUGUACAGUGUCCCAGUGGAAAAGUGCCUCUGGAAUAUUUGUGUGUGACCGUCCCUGCCGGUUCAUACUCCAACAGUGUGGACGCCGUGGUCUGUCCUAUAGGGACCUUUAAAGAAAAGCCAGGCCAAAUGAGUUGUGCACCGUGUCCUGCUGGUACCACCACUGAAGGCAUUGGCUCGGAUAAUGCAACCGAUUGCUCAAUAACGGAUAUUGGCUCUGAUACAUCGGGCAGUACGCCUGCCAACAUGGUACCUAAGCAGCAAAACACUGAGGACAACGGUAAAGCCAGUGUUGCUGUAAUUGUGGGAAUCGUGGCCGCGGUUGUGUUUGCGGCUGUAUUGGUCACCGGUUUGCUGGUGUAUAAUACAAGAGCCAAAAUAAUGUACGCAGGAUACGACAAAGUGAGGUCAGUUUGCAGCCAUUUCCUCUGUACAACCUGCCUGUCAAAACUGAGAAAAUGGAGCCAGCCAAAGACACGUUCAUGA